CUUAAACAAGGUUAGAACUGCGUUAAAAAUCGUCUGAUAAAAAGUCCUUUGUCAGCCAUGUGCAUUGGUAUACGAUUUAAAAUGACCUCACACUCCGUCACGACUAGCCAAUAGGGUACAGGCGGGAAAGCCACGUGACUACGGCCGACCAAUAGGCGCAACAGGAUUUGAAAUCGUGCGUGGUCUUUGUUCAUGAGUCUACCGUCAACGUUACUUCAGUUCCGUAAAGGGGGCCCUGUGUCGGUGUCCGUUUAUACAUGGUCGCUGCCAAAAAUCGCAUAAUUUCCUCGUAAAUAUAUGUGUGAAAGUGGUGCUUGGGCGCGAGGACGACGUACUCAAAGGCUCGUUAAACACACGUCGUGUGAAUGUUGGAUACAGAGAGCAGACACGGCACUGGGCUGGAUCAGGGACCGACCAGGGACCCUUGGCUCACGAUGGACUACUAUCUUGGUACAGACAGCCUCUCCCUCCAGGAGAUGCUGGACGUGGACAUCAAGUGCGAAACCGAAGGUGUAAUCGGAGGACAUCCUGAGUUGGGUUUCAACUUUACCGAUUUGUCUCCUUUAGAGAUGGAUGACGAUCCAGUAGGGUGCCAGAAUGAUCUUAACGGUUGGCUCGGCUCUACCAGCCUGCUUAAUGGAAAUAGUAAUAGCUCGAACAGUAACUUCAACCUCGACCUCAGUGGCGGAGAUGCAGCGUCCAUUAUGGUCAAUCCGAAUUCCGUGAUGCCUCACAUGGCAUUUCGUAGUCCGACACCGAAUAGUAAUCGACGUCAUUUCGCAUUCUCGAAGAAAGAAAUUAAGGAGGAGAGGGUCGACGUUGAGGAGGACGAAGACGAGGAAGAGGCCGACAAUGAAAACGACACGGAGAAUGAACAGUACGACAACGAACGUUAUGAAAAUGAUAUAACGGAGACAGAGGAUGAGGAGGAAAGCGAGGACGAGCAAGAGGUUACUAAACCUGUAACGUCAUUGAAAUCGAAACCAAGUUUAGUCGCAUCGAAUCCCACCGCCAAGACGAUAUCACCGCAAAUAACGAAGCCACAGAUCACGCAGAAAGUUAACACGAUUCCAAGUAUAAGGCUCCAAAACUUCAAAGUCAUUCAGAGUCCAAAUCCUACGCAACAUGUUAGGAAACAAAUUUACAACAACAAUAUUCAUAGUCCGAGCGCAACGACGGUCACAACAGUCAAGAGAGAAAAGGAUUUCGAAUUGUCAGAUUACGACGACAAGCCGUACCCAAAACCAGCAUAUUCGUACUCCUGUUUAAUCGCAAUGGCACUCAAGAAUAGUCAAACGGGGUCUUUGCCGGUCUCAGAGAUCUAUAAUUUUAUGUGCGAGCACUUUCCAUACUUCAAGACUGCACCAAACGGCUGGAAAAAUUCCGUGAGGCAUAAUCUAUCUUUGAACAAAUGUUUCGAAAAAAUAGAGAAGCCCGCGGGAAACGGAAAUCAAAGGAAAGGUUGCCUCUGGGCAAUAAAUCCAGCGAAAAUCGCGAAAAUGGACGAGGAAGUACAGAAGUGGUCGCGAAAAGAUCCUUCGGCCAUAAAGAAAGCCAUGAUAUAUCCAGAUCACUUGGAACUGCUUGAAAGGGGAGAGAUGAAGUACGUUGGUACCGGUGAAUUGUCAGAAGAGGCUGAAAGCUCAGGGGACGAGACCACAGAAGAGAGUGCGGUAUUCGACGAACCCGUGCACAGUCACGUCGCAGCCAAUUCGGUCACAGACAGUUACGACGAGAGCAGCCAGGAUUGUGACAUCGAUAUUACUGAACACAUCUAUGACGAAAUUGAUAUCGAGGAUAAUAAGGAGUCUUUACAUAUGCAACUGAAUAUUUCUAAGCAAGAGGCGUACGAGUACGAGUUGAGUCCUUCUACGAAGAGACAAAAAACAUUAACAGGAACAUUACAGGGAAAUUAUGUUUAUCAGCCUGUUACCACCUCGCGAAGGAAAGCACCUCUACUUUUAAGAGCAGGAGCUGCCACAGGAUCGUUUCUUAAAAUCGAUUGAAUUUAGGAAUAUACAUUUAUACAAAUUUUUUCAGCGUCAUUAGCAGUGUACUCGUAAUAACUGUGUGAAAAUAGUAUUUAGGAGGUUUCGAAAGAGGAUAUACAAACGCGCAACUGACACCACUAACUGUUUUUUCUAACGUUUUCUGAAAAUCAAUUAUUAUUACCGAAUUCUGUUUUUAUCUUUACAUCUCGAUCAUCUGAAGCGAGAGACGGAUUCUUCUAAUGUAAUUUUUCAAAUUAUUGGAAAUACGGAGGAGGUCACACACCUGAAAAAAAUGUCUAUUGUGAUUAGCAAUAGUAGUAUGGAUUUCAACGAAUCAAACAAAUUUCUGGAAAGCUAAUAUCUCCACACGUAACUCAUUUUUGUCAUUUUUAUCAUGAAAAUAAGUUGCGUGCAUAUGCUGCAUUGCCCUUUUACGUAUUUCCAUAUAUUCACGUUAUGAGAAUCCUUCUUGAUGAGCUAACAUUUUCUAAUACUUCAUACGUAAAUUAUGUGCAUAAAUGGAUAACAUAAGUUAUACAUACGUCGUGUACACAUAUAAUUUACGUGGAAAAUUAAUGUCGUGGUUGAGACAGCCGUUAACUUCAUCUCAAAGUAUGAUACGAUUGAAAUAUGUAUGCAUAUUAAUUAAGCUAAUGAGAAGUUAAAAAAUGGACAGCUUUGCAAUAUCCUUUUCAAAAGCCUCUUAAAAAUACUAGGACCGCUGAAUUUCGGGGGUCGACGUAAUCGUAGGCAAACAUUUGUGUAGUUUGGUAUGUGAUAAGUAGUAGUAUGAAGCAGACAUACAUUUAGAUUCGAGUAUUUCCAUAACGGUGCAACACCAUUUAUUUGCUUCUUUUAAAAUUUGUCGUGUAUCGUAAAUUUGUACAGUCUCGCACAAAAAUGAUGAAUUAUGUGUCUACUUUGAUUUGACAAUUUGAUAAAAAGAAUCAUGGUUGAUUUUACUAAUAGCAUGACUGGUUUCUCAUACAUGCACGCCCCUUCUCACCUCGAGGAAUCUCUAUUAAUGGUGUUGUAUUUACUAAAGUCAUCAACCUAGUAUCAUUUUACGUUGAUUAAGACAACCCACCUAUAUUUAUGAUCACCGUACAAUAGAAAUUCUGAAGAAAACCAUGACCAUAAAUUCGAGUGUCCAAUGCAUCGAUAAUGAAGUACGUCUUUUAUCUUGCUGAGAUUUCAUCGAUUUUGUCAAGCGAUGCAGUAAAUAAUGGCUUAUUGAUAGACCAAUUCUUUUAGAAUUUCCCACCAGUAGUGAUAGCGUGAUCAUUUUCAUUAUCAUUGUCUAGGGUAUUGUAGAUGCCUGACUGCUCUAAAUGAAACAAAAAAAUAAUACUAAGAUAACGUUAUAGAUCAAUAAGUAUUUGGUCAGCCCGUUGGCCAGACUGAUGUAUUAUACUUUUUAUACAUUGCCGGACUAAAUAAUAAAUGUAAAUGAUUUGCAAUUGUAUACCUGAAGAAAAAAAAAUAAAAUUACUUAGAUUUGUUUACAGGUAGAGUACAAAGAAGACAGCUAUAGGAGAAUCUGGAUUGUAAAAUUUUGUAGCAUAGCCAAGUUGGGAAUUGUACAUCUAGUUUAAUUUUAAGUAUAAAAUUGAUGAAUUGUGCUUUUAGCUUGUAAUUCAAAUUUAUGGUGAAACGCGUCUCGUAAUUGAACAUCCAGUUUUAGGCCAGUGGAAUUAGAUUCUUUUCAGCGAAAUAAUCUUAAGAGUCGACCAUAAGUUAGU